UCUUUAAUUUAUUUUUAGACUCAACUUCCGGGUAAAGAUGGCUGCUGGAGAAGAGCUGAUUUCUCUCAUCGAUAGAGAAAUUCCUGAUGGUAGAAAAAACUUACAGGAAAACUACCGCAAUUUAGAAAAUGUUGCCAAAUACUGCGAAGACUAUUAUUUACGGGCGAAUCCCUCAGACAAAGCCCAUGCUCUCCAAGAGACCAAGAACUAUACGACGCACUCGUUGGCCAGUGUAGCCUACCAGAUCAAUAACUUAGCUACAAAUUUUCUCAAGUUACUGGAUCUCCAACAGAGUCAGUUAACAGACAUGGAGUCAAGUGUAAAUCACUUGAAUCAGUUUGUCAUGAUUCACAAAGAGAAGGUAGCGCGAAGAGAAAUUGGAGUGCUCACAUCUGGGAGAAGUGUCCAUCGUCCUCUCGGCAUGAAGAACGGUAUUAUAUACCCUGAGCAGAAUGAGCGACCAAUUAAGUACACAAGGAAAUCCAUUGACUACACUAUUCUAGAUGACAUUGGCCAUGGUGUCAGGCAACAGCAGCAGCAGCAACAAGUGACUGUCCGCAGUCCCUCCAUCAGCAGCACCCACAGCAACUCCAGCACCAACAACAACCAGGCCCCAACCACCAAGCCCCCCACCCCACCCGUCGGGAGGGUCGGAUCCAGCGGAACCAUCGGACGGGCUAGCGGGGGUCACUACAGGUCACUGGGACCUCCAGUGGCGCCCCCCGUGGCACCCCAGUCUAUGUCGCAGGGUAAUUUCCCCCCUCAUCCUCAGUCCAGCAGGUCUUCUGUGUCUUCAGGGGGGUCAUACUCACCCUCUAACACACUGGUGAUGGGUCAGAUCCACCACCCCUCCAUGUCCGGAAUGGGCCAGCCCAUGCAGCCUCCCGGAGGAGGAGGGUAUAGCCACUCACAGAAUGCACACCACCAUAAUAUGCCACUGCCUUCUCAGUCUGCACUAAUGCAUCCAGAGGCAAAGGUGGCAUAUUCUAGAAAUAAUUCUGGUCGUGGACAGAACUGGAUGGAGAUGUCCACCACCUCCCUGCCCCCUCCACCUGAUGAUGACAUUUCCGAGCCUUUCAUGGUUAGCCAAGCCUCCCCACCACUCCCUCCCCCACCAACGUAUGACCAGAAUGACCAGUUUGACUACACGCCGCCCCCGCCCCAUGACUUCAGCGACGUGAGACAGGGGCCGCCCAGCACCAGGGAAGGUCGGAUGAUUGGGAGUAUCCCUGAGGACACGUACGGGGUGGUUGGAGGGGGAAAUGACGACCCGUACGCGGCCACCGGCCCACAGCUGCUGGCACAGCCUACAUGGAUCCCUAAGCAUUACUUGGAGAAAGUUGUUGCCAUCUAUGACUACCAGGCCAUCAAGUCUGAUGAGCUGUCGUUUGCUGAGAACGCUGUUGUUUAUGUCAUACAUAAAAAUGACGACGGAUGGUGGGAGGGUGUCAUGGAUGGGCAGACUGGCCUUUUCCCCUAUAACUACGUUGAGCCAUGCAUGUAAUAUGUUAUAUAAUACAUAGCUAUGUUUCUCUUUUUCUUUCCUUUUCGGUACGAUACCAACAAGUGUAGACUUUGGUAUGCCUUUACUUUGCCAUUUUCUUGCGCUUCAUACGGCACAUACUACUAUGUUUUAGGAACUGUUUGAUUUUGUGUUUCUCUGGACUUUCAGUCAGAAAUUCCUUAUCAAAUAUAUGGCGUUGUUAUGGUUGCAAAAAUUGGUCACCCCUUGCAGAGAUCUGAUCAUAGUACACUUACGCAUGGCAAAGUCUUUUUUAAAUCAGACUUUUGCAUUUACUGGUACCAAUAAGCCCAGGUCUUUUUUCACAAGUCAUUUUGUAGAGACAGGAGCUUUCGUUUUGAAUUUUUGCCCGCUAUAUGGGCUGCUUCUUUGUAUUGUCUUGACCUGUUGUGCGAUGAAGUAAGAGUGAAUGCUGUGCAGUAGCAAUGUGCAAACCUUUUUUUGAGUGUUUCUUAAAACGCCUUUGUAUAUGACAGUGUAGAUGGAGGAGAAAAAUGUGGAGAAGGUUACAGUUUAGUCCAGGGGUGGGCAAACUACGGCCCACAAUCCAAAUGUGGCCCUAGCAAAGUUUAGCAUAAUUCUGAAAUUUUUUAUUUUAAAAAAAUUAAAAAUCCAUAAGUUUUUGUAAAGGUGAUCACGUCUGUCGAUUUACUAGAGGCAAUACGGCCUGUUGUAGUAUCGUAGAAAUCUUAUGAUGCUGUUUAUAAUGUGCACAUUUUUUAUAACAGAAAAGUAUGGUUAAUUAAUGCAUUUAGGUUUUAUUUAAUAUGGUGUCCUUUGAUGUUCAUGGCUAAGUUGAAGUGGCCCCUGAUUGGAAGUCUUGCCUUUUAGUUUAGCAGUCUGAAGAGUGCCAAUGACAGCGCAAAACUUUUACAAUUAUAAUUCAUUCUACAGAUAAAAAAAAGUUUGCCCACCCCUGAUUCAUUUUCCCUUUUAAACUUCAAUCGAGUAAGAGGAGGGAUUGCUCUUGCUCUUCGACUUUGGUUUCUUAGUAGAAUUUUUGUAAUGUCUUCCUCUACUUAAAUCUUAAAGCUGGAAAUGCUCUCAUUGACAAAAAAAAUUGUUGGCAGAUAAGGAAACAAGAUGUUUGCUCAGCACAUUAUAAAGAUUGUUAUUAUUAUCAUUAUUUUUUAAUUUCCUGGUAGGCCUACUAAGCCUGGAAUGACACAUUUUACACACUCAACCUCAUCUGAAAUGCUUCUAGUCAAGGUGUUCAUGAAGUUUGUUGUUUUCAUCAGCAUUUUCCUUUUUCUGACAUGAAUCUCGCAUUGAAACUAAUUCUAUGAUUGUUAUUGAGUGGCUACUGGCAAAGUGACAACAUUCGCAUGGAGGAAAGUUUUGUGUUACUAUAUUUGUAUCAGACUUUUGUUCAAAAGUUUUCGUCUCCAAUGCCCCAUCCUUAGCCUUCUCCAUUUAUUUCCUUGCAGCAGAUUAAUAAAUUUGUUUGGAAGAAGCAGGCUGCUACUCCUCAGUGUUUUUAUGGUGUACAUAAUAGAUCAAUUGGUGCAGGACACUUUAUACUUUAUGGCUCCAAAAAAAUCAUUGUGACCUUAUUAUUCACCACCAACAAUGGAACUUAGCAGGCAAGAAGAUAAUAACAACUACUGCACAAUGCAAAAGACAUUUUUUAAGAUAUCUUGAAUGGUUAUGUUUUAGUUUUAAUGAUCUUUUGCAAAUGUGUCAAUGUUUUGGGAGAAUAAAAAACAACUUUAGAAAUGAUACUACUUAGGCUAUGUCUAAAUCCCUAAAUUCACGGUCACUUAUCCCAACAUCCUUACACAAGCCUCAACUAAACUUUGAACCCUCUGUGUAACUUGGGUCAGCAUCACUGUCAAGAUGACAGUCUAAAGCUGACCUGGCCCCCAUCAACAAUUGGGUCAAUCUGUUCAGAAAUGUUGCAAGAUUAGUUUGCCAUCGUGCCAAAAUGCCUUUUGGGUCGUCUGGAAAGAAAAUAAAAAUGUUCUUCAGUUAUGUAGGGAUGUAACUCGAACAAUGCUCAAUUGACUCAUAAAGGACAGCAGUUACGUACCCUCAAACAUCAGCCUCGAAACGCUUCAGGUUAUAGCAGAUAAUAAAUAGGAAACUGGAAACCUAGGGGUUUCAGUCAUGGCAGUACCACAUGUAUCGAUUUUUCCUGAAUCACUUCAGGUCUAGCAGUGAGUAAGAUAAAAUAAUCUUUGGUGCCCAGCUCCUUCAAAUGAUCACAGAAAAUCGCCCCCAACAACCUCUGGGAUUUACUUCUAAAAGUCUCGAAGCACCUUGUUUUACUUGAGCAUGAGGUAGCCCUGGUGAAGUUGUGGUUGUAUGGCUAUGCAAUUGUAAUAAUUGUAUUGUGUUUCUAUUCCCAAUUCGUAGGGAUUUUGUGACUGUGUUAGAAUUAACAGUGUCUGUGUAGGCAACGGUAGCUGUUUUUCCCUCUCUGCAGAUCUUGUUAUUUAUUUGUGUCCAAGCGUCUGUACUUCUGAGUAUCUGUGCAUUUGUAUCAUAUAAAUGUUUUAUUGCAGUGAUCAGCAAGGAUGGGCCGAUUCUGAAAAUUCUGCAAUUUGCGAAUCCAAACUCUCAAAGCCAUAGAACUGGCAAACCUGAAUUUUAAUUGAGAUCAUCACAUUGAGGAAAAUAUUCUAAUACUACUGACAUAGCAGUAGGUCAAAUUUGUUGUCAUCCGUGUUACUUCAUCCCACUACCAUUGAUUUGAGUCUGAUCUUGUGAAGUGAUGCCAAGAGGCUGAAUUGAAUUAUACAUUGUAGACCGUGAAUGAAUGAGUAAUGUUUGAAAAGAAAAAGUAUGAAAACAAUUUCCCCAAUCAGGGAUGGUUCAUAUUGAGAUUGGACCUUCAGGCUUUUUCAGUUUGAACAUAGCUUCAUGAAUUCAGAAUUGAAUGUGCCCACCCUUACUGAUCAGUAUCCCGUUGGAUACCAUUGUAAGUUACGGUACCUGAAAUAUGCACAAAAGUAAAACAUACAUCAAUGUUUUGUCUCUUGAGGAGUGAUUGGAUUGUGUUUUUUAUAACAUUCUACAUUUACCUACAUCCUGCUAAUGCCAGAGGAAACUUACUUUUCGGUGGUCCUUUGACUUUUCCAGUCUUAUUGUUCAUGAUGUAACAUCAUCUUGAUAAAAAUGUCUCCUGAAUAUUCCGACUUUUUGUGAACUGAACAGCAUAGAAAAUAAUAGGUAUAAUAUAUAUACCGUGAAAUCUGCUUAAACUGAAAUCUGGGGCACCACUUGAUAUUCUUCAGUUUAGCUGUGUUUUCAGUUUAUUUAGAGAGAGUUUCUCAAAUAAAGAUGAUUGUUGACAACGUAGAGUUUGGAAAUGCCAUGCUUGUGGCAAAUUUUGCUCUAUUGAUUAAUUUUUUUUCUGAUUCACUAUACCUCUUUUCUUUUCAAUUUGAAUUGUAGCUGCACAAUUUACUGUGCUCUGUGCUACUGCUAGUCUAAGAGAAGUGAGAAAGCCCAAUACCAAUGACGUCAUGAAACACCACACACUCAUGUGCAGGGCCUGUGUGAACUAAUUUCAUAGUGACAACAAUCUAGGCCACGGCCAAAAGAAAGUUGAGUGACAGUUGACAGAUGCACAUUCGCUAUCCUUGCUUUGCUUGGCCUGUACAAUGUGUAAACCCAUUGAUGUUUGUGAUAAUAGACACAGGCACACAGAACACUGCUGAUGCUUCUCUCUGGCCCACAAUAGACACGGCCCACAAUCAACACACAUGCAUUCUCAUGACUCUUUCUCCUGUAUUGUUAUGCUAUCUUGAAGGGCAUAAGACUUGAUAAUUCGCGUUAUGUGGGGAUUGCUAGUGAAGAUUCAGUCAACCCUCAAAAUUCCAUGCAGUUUUCUGAAAUGCGAGUGCUGCAACUUAAUUUUUUUACAAAGACAAAGAAGAAAAAAAUUGGGGAUUUUCUUUUCUUUCACUUUCAGUCUUCAGUUUACUGUUCAGUCUUCAGUUUACUGCUGUUUUACAGUUUAACUCUGUCCGGUUUAAGUUUAAGCAGACUCCAAUGUAUACAUGUAUCUGUUUCAUUUGCAUCUUGAAAAUUGUUAUGCAUUGAUUUCACCUUUAUUUUAUUCUUGAAAAAUUCAAUACCACGAUUGUUUUAAUUUUAAUGUAAUAAUAAAACUUUUAAAAACAAAAGAAAUUAGUUGUGCUCAAGCUCUGUCUUGUCCUAGGGCAAUACUGUAAACUCUGUAAUAUAUAAACUGUUCUGUCUGAGAAUAUCCCUGUAACUGAAUGGUGUCUUUGGUUUGUUAAUAAUGCUUUUUUCCGGAAUGUUUUCAUCACGUUAAUAAGUUAAAAAUAAAUAUGUUCAAAUAGCAUGA